GCAGUAUAUCCUCCAGUGCAGUGUGUGUGUGUGAGUGUGUGUGUGGCGUACUGGAGCUGCGCUUUCCGUCCGCUACCUUUGUCUCUCUCACAGAGCUUCACUUUAGCAGGGCGCGCGGGGUUUAAGUUGCAGAGACGGAGGAGAACCGCUUUGAAGAAGUGGAUCUGGACGGGUUUAAUACACCCUCCCUCUCUAGAACUACUACAAAGGGAGUGAACGGAGAGAGUUGCGCUGCGUAAACCGACACCGACCAUCGCGCCGCUCGCUCGCUCGCUCGCUCCCCUAGACGUCAAAAAAGCAAGCAUGCGGGAAAACACAAGGAGCUGAGUCUUUCUUUGGGAAAUGUGGAUUUUGUUGGGCUCGUUUUGAACUGCUGCUUCUCUGAGACCAAGCGCUGUGUGCGUUUUCGUGCGUUUUUGGACGCGCUGACAGUCCGUGAGCGUUACGCACUGACUCGCCAGAGGAGCCAUUGUGCGCAUCUGGAGCCUCCACACCUCGUGGUCCAAUCAGAACCCUCGCUUCGGAAUCUGAACCUGCACUCCGUGGAGCGGAAUAAAAGGAGUGGGAGCGGAGAAAUGGGGUGUGCGAAAGUUCUUUUCGUUAUGUUCGUGAUCGGGUUUGAAAAGGGGAUUUGCGUCAACUGGAACCCCGUCCCACGCAAGACAGUUAAAUAUAAUGAUGUGCAGGACAGUAUGGCGAGGUUUCGCGCUGUUGGGGUGUGGAACUACACCAUGUUGACCCUGGCAGAACAUGAGAGGGUUUUAUACGUGGGCGCCAGAGAGCACAUCUUCGCCCUGGAUCCCAAUGACAUCAGCAGACAACUCCGACCACAGAUUGAGUGGUCGGCUCCUGUGGAAAAGAAAAGAGAGUGUGCAGCGAAGGGGAAGAAUAACCAGACUGAGUGCUUCAACUACAUUCGUUUUCUGCAGAGCUACAAUCACACACACCUGUACACAUGCGGGACAUACGCCUUCCAGCCCAAAUGCACGUAUAUUAAUGCAGAUCAUUUCACUCUGGAUAGCGCCGCCCCGGAGGACGGUAAGGGAAAGUGCCCCUACGACCCCGCCAAGGGUCAUACAGGCCUCAUUGUGGACAAAGAGUUGUACUCCGCCACCCUCAAUAACUUCCUGGGCACAGAGCCCGUAAUCCUGAGGAACCUGGGACAACAACAUUACAGCAUGAAGAGUGAAUACCUGCCGGCUUGGCUCAACGAGCCAAACUUUGUGGGUUCGGCGCUGGUCCGGGAGAGCCGUAACAGUAAAGAUGGAGACGACGAUAAGAUCUACUUCUUCUUCAGCGAGAGAGCGUUGGAGCUGGACUGCGACAGCGAUCUGACCGUGGCACGGGUGGCACGUGUGUGUAAGGGAGACCUGGGUGGCACACGGACCCUGCAGAAGAAGUGGACCACCUUCCAGAAGGCCCGCCUGAUGUGUUCUUUCCCCGAGCGCCACAUCACCUUUAAUAACCUGCGGGCCGUCUUCACCCUGCCUGGGGCGGACUGGAGGAGCACUAGUUUCUAUGGCAUCUUCCAUGCGCAGUGGGGGGAUGUGGAUGUGUCUGCUGUGUGUCAGUACCAGAUCGGAGAGGUGAAAAAUGUGUUCGACGGGCCGUAUAAAGAGUACAGGGAGUCGUCUCAGCGAUGGGUCCGAUACACCGGCACUGUGCCCAGUCCUCGACCUGGAGCGUGCAUCACAAACUUUGACCGGGAAAACGGCUACAACAGUUCUCUUCAGCUGCCUGACGCUACGCUAAACUUUGCCAAGAAGCAUCCGCUAAUGGAGCUCAGGGCGGAAGCUCGCCCCCUGCUGCUUACUAAAGGGAUCAACUUCACCCGAAUAGCUGUGGACAGAGUGAGCUCACUGGACCAGAGAUCCUACAACAUGCUCUUCAUAGGCACAGCGCACGGAUGGCUCCAGCGUGUCGUGAUUUUGGGUUCAGAGGCCCAUGUGAUAGAAGAGAUCCAGCUGUUUGAUCGGCAGCAACCGGUGGACAGCCUCACCAUCUCGCACAGCAAAAAGUAUUUGUACAUUGGCUCACGCUCUGAGGUUCUUCAGCUGCCCUUGGCAAACUGCAGCCGGUACCAUUCACAGCCAGACUGCCUGCUGUCCAGAGACCCGUACUGUGCCUGGGACAGCGAGGGACGCGCUUGUGUCCGCAUCGACCUCCACCGCGGCUCCACAUCCACACUCUCGCAAGACCUCAUGCUGGAGAGGUUCAACCGAGGAAAAGCCAAGUUUGAUAAGCCUUUCUCCAUCCCCAGCCCUGAUCAUUCUAGAUUGAGAAACGUAACUGUGGUCGUUGGGUCGGACCUGGUAUUGCCCUGUAAUCUGGUUUCCAACUUGGCCCAGCCCUUCUGGGAGCUCAACGAACGCGAGCUGGCCCUCGUGGAAGGUGAGGCCAUCGGGCCGCGAUUCGACCGAGCCCUCCGCUCCCUCGUCAUCCCCCAAGCCGGUUCCCUCCAAGCGGGCCGCUACAUCUGCUACUCGGAGGAGCAAGGCGUGAAGUUCCAGACGGAGAGAUACCAGGUCGCGGUGGUAGCCAGCGCGCCCGUCUUCAUGGAGGCCCGCGCUCCUGACGGCAGCAUGGGUUUAUUCUGGGUGCUGGUGAUCACAUUGGGCGCCGCUUGUCUGUUGCUGCUAAUCGCGUCUUUGUACCUCCGUCGAAGACUAAAGUUGGCGCUGGGAAAAGGGGCGGAAAUGAAGCCGCUAGAGAGCACUUUGGUGUACCCCAUUACUUUACCCAAAGAGCCUCCCAGCCGGCCGUCGUUCGUGCCGAGCAAGAUGGCGAACGACGAGGAUCGCUUCUGGGAAACGGGAGCUAAUUACUACUACUCGGACGGCUCCCUUAAAAUCGUCCCAGGGCAUGCGAUGUGCUCCGCCGGCGGCACGGCGUCUCCGAGCGCUAUUCCCGGUCAGCCCAUUCACUCGCCGAGCAGGUUGAGCCUCACCAACAUCCGAAACUCGGGCACCAAUGGAUACAUCCGCCUGAAUCUGAGCACGGCCGGAGAGGAGAGAGCGAGCGCGGGAUCGGGAAUGGGCAUGGGAAGCGGACUCGGACUGGGCAGCCGGGAGAACGACUACACCAGUCCUUUCAAAGAGGAGCUCCGGAGAACUCUGCAGCAGAGGAGCGUGCUUCCCGAUGCCAAUCCCGAGGAGUCUUCUGUGUAGACCGCACAGGAACCACAGAAAACCUCACCUACCUCCCUCCUGCUUGGGGAACUCUCUUCAUCUUACUCGCAACCUACUUCUUCUCUGUCAAUCUCCCGUGCCAUAAGGCCACCGACAUUCCCUUGGAUUAUUGUGGUUCUCAUAAGUACACUCAACCGAGACUGAACACAUCUCGCAAAGCUUUUUGUAAAUGUCUAUAUUUAACGGACCAGACCGACGGGGCUAACAGGCGAACACAGGUACAUCUCUGAGAGGAACCCGACCCGUCAGUCUGAUCUGCGUCGGACAGAUGUCUGGCAACCCAAUCAUUUGGCAAGACGGAGGAUACAGAGCUUAUUUUUGACGUCCAGAGGUUGCUUGCCCCUUUUUAUGGGUUGAACACAUGAGAGAGGAGGCGAAAAGGACAUGCAUAAACUUAAAUCGCAAGAUGACAAUCACGCUCUUCUCUCAAGAGUGAAGCAGAGGAGAAAUUGUCUAGGGGGGAAAAAACGAAAGCAGGACUUGAAUCAUGAACAAAUGCUUUGCCUUUCUUUCUCUACGGCUCAAGAACUUUUUUUUCAAAUUUUGUCUUUUUCUGAGAAUGUGUAUUUGAGACUUGCAGCACUAAUAUAUUGUGAGGGUUUUUUCAUGUCAACUGUUGAAGAAGGUUUUCUUCUUUUCUUUUCUUUUUUUUUUUACGAUUGAUAGUUUCAUCUGAAAUGUGAAAGGAUUAGCAGUGGUGGUAGCAUGAGGAAAGUGUGAACAGAAUGUGUACUAAGACUGUGUUGGAUGUGACAACAAGUGCAUUAUUGUAUAUAUUUGGCUUGAACUGCCAAAUGAAGUACAACCCCAGUGUUUGCCUACAUGAUGGAAUGAAACUUUACUUCUGGCAUGGGAUAGAAGACUCCGCCCACGUUCUGAAGCCGGAUUGUUCUACAUGAAAGGGAUCCUUGAUAAAGGUCCAGGAUGCGAAGUAGAGGCUACGGCUGAUCAGAACACAGUGUGGGCUUUGCAACUCAAACAGAGACUAAAUAUAAAAACAGGGUGAAAACUGAAAGCAGAGGACAUUUCAUUCCAUUGACUUUGAUUGUGAAGACAAAUGAAGGAGAUUUCGAUUAUCCGUGACCCUGUGGGUGGAGAGGCACUAUGAUGCUCAUCACUGGUCCAUACUUUGUUGCAUGAUGUUCUGCAAAAUAUAUUACAUAAGUUUCAACAAUAAAACUGAUAUGUUUUAGAAAAAAAAUGAAAAAGACUUUUCGUACCUGUGCCUCUUCACCAUGGGUGAAGCCAAAGCAGACUGCAGACAUGUUUUUCUUCUCCGUUUACUCUUCUCCUUUCUUUUUUUUGUUCAAUUCUCUGCUUUAUGUUCUGGAAUUGGUCCAUUGCACAGAACUCAAGUAUUGUCUGAAGUCUUUGUUACUACUACUCUUGUUUUGGUGGAAUGCUAUUCUUUGUGGCAUGAGAGCUUUACGAUUUUGCAAGCGGCUUUCCAUUCUGUCAUUUGCUCUUUUCUAGUCUACACUUGUUAGAUGAGAUCUUUGUACUAAAAAGUACGCUGAGAAAUGUCAGAUUAACAAGGACCGAAUACUUUCUGCCAGGCCUUCUCAGGGCUCUCUUGAAAUUGUGAGACUUCACUAAUUGCUUUGACAAGCCUGACUUCAGUCUGACAUAAUUUCACUGGGAGACCCGAAGUGUUGCAUAUGCUAGUUUGCAUCAUGCAUGGCUUUUUUUUGUACUGAACAGUAUUCCCUGCUUGAUAAAAAAAGAAAGACGGUCAUCUCAGUUCAUUCAGUUCAUCUCCCAUGGCUUUAAAUCUGCUGUUUCUUUGUGAGUUUUUGUAUUACAAAAUGUCUCUUUUCUUGCAUUUCAAGAUAUCUUUAAAAAUGUUGCUGUUAUUUUUUUUUUUUUUAGGUAAUUAUGUUAAGUAACUUAUUUUGCUUGUACAAAAAGUUGAUAUUUAUUACCAUUGUACAUAUGCCCUUAUUUUUUAUAUAUGUAUAUAUCUUCAGAAAAUAAAAGUAGAGAUCAGUUCACAGUGA